AUGGAAGACACUUCAACAUCAUCUCUUUCCACUCUCCACCAACGGGACCAUCAACACCCACCCAUCAACAAAGAGGCCUUGAGUGAGUACACUCGAUACAACAUAUCGGAGCUAAAGCCAGGCCCUGUCAAUGCAACAUUCACUGGAAUCCUCGUCAACCUGCAGGAGAAUUCCAUCACCGACGGCACUCCACAGCUUGCUACCAAGGCUUACACUUUGGUGCUCCGCGACCAGACUGGAGAGAUCACUGUCCAUCUCUGGGUGGCCACACGUGAAUAUCAACUUCUGCUCAACCAGAGAAUCACCAUCUGGACCACACAUGUCUGUGCAGCCACCGCCGUGCGGGCUUUUACGAGCGGGAAAUGCAUUGUCACGACUCCAAACUCGACUCAUGUCUUCCCUGAGCAGAACCCUCGCUGCAGAUUAACGAUUGAACCCAAUUUUGGGGCAAGAAAACUCAGACUCGAAUCUGGUGUGGAGAGCUCCAUGACAUUGGAGCAGGUCACCAAAGAGAAGGAGGAAAAGGAAGCGGAUUGCACUCUCCUGGUCAAGGUUAUUGCCGUUGGAAAGCCUGUCGAGACUAACACAGGUCUCGCAAAAUAG